AUCUCCCCAGAGCGGGUUCAAAGAUGAUGACAUCGCAGCACGUGUCAUAGAACCUUGGCUGGGCUGUCCUGGCUCAUUCUCAACGGCUUUCUCUAAAAAUGGCUGGCAAUUUUCUUCACAGGAUGAAGAAAAAGCUUAUUCAAAGAAAUAGAGUGGUUCCUGAAGAACAGCCGGUCCUUUGGGGAAACACUGAGAAGACUUCAAGAGCCGGCCAUUUGCCGCCCAUCUGGCAAAGACCUCCCCCUCAGCGGUCCUUUACCACCUGCCCCCCUAAGACUCCAGCAACAUCAGGGGGGCGACCGCUGAGGAGCAUUAAGCAGAAAAAUGUCAUCAUCAACAGAAAGGAUAAGCGGUUCUCCCUGAAUGAAGAGCUCCUGCGUCACAACUCCCAGCUUGCGGAAAAGAACGCGCAGCUCUGCAGGGAGGUGGAGGAGCAACUGCGGAGAAUAAAGGUUUUGGAAGAGCAGAACCGCCACCUCCACUGCAGAGUUGCGCAGCAAGCUGGAGAGACGCAGGAGCUCCUAGGGGAGAACCAGGCACUGCGGGAACAACUGGAGAGAAAAGAAACUGUCAUCGGGGCUCUGAUUAAUGAGAGGCUGGACCUUCGGGGUCAAAUUGAGAGGCUCAAGCUGGAUAAGGUUGCUUUGGCCGAGGAAAAAGAGGCAAUAAGAAAGGACCUCACAGAGCGACUGAGGAGAGAGAAACAACGGAGGGAACGUUUCCUGGGAGAGAGAGAGCGGCGGGGAUCCCAGUAAGAUCCGGGAGGAGAUCGCAGAAGAUCUAAGGAGAUCUGAGGCAGCUUCCCACAAGCUAAGGCCUUCAAGUAGCUCCUC